GACUGUUACCACUUUCUCUCUCCUUGCCACCGAUUAUGCCAAGGCUGAAUGGACGAUUGCGGUCGCGAAUUCCAGCGGAGCCGAGCAUCUGAAUGCAGUGCGCGGUCCCUGACGCUACAAAUACAAGCGGAAGACCCUUUGCAACCGCGCACCGGCUUCCUAGACGCAGCGACUUUGGCUUCACAUCUUUCACGACUGCCUCGCACUGUUCGACCUUUUUGUCGCUCGCUACUUAUUUUGAGCGCGAGCGCCGCAGGUGGUCUGUGGUGCACUUGCCCCAUUACGAGACAUUGUCCCCUCUGCACGCUCUUCUCGUCCUGUGCCAGUGCUGGUCAUUGUCGUGCACCACAGUAAGCUGAUUCACAAUGACAAUUACUCGCUGCCUGGCAGGGGCAUCCGCCCUCGCGGCGCUACUUGGUCACUCUGUCAGUUCGGCACCGAUCACGGCGCGAAACGCACCUGUGUCAGUUGUCAGCCUUUAUCUCAGGGGAGAACUAGCCGGAGCCAACACGCUCGCCAUGCCACAGUCUAUCGUGGAGGCCGAUGUUCCCAAAACAUUCCUGGGCAAGGCGUAUCACGCGGUAGCCAACAAGCUGAUCAUGGGCAAGCCAACGCCAGAAAUGGCCGGCGUCUACAAGGGGGUGGCGCCGGAAGAUGAAGUACAUCUGACUACGCAAUUUCGACAUCCACAGACUGGGCAGCUCGUGGCAGAAAGCUAUGUCAGGAUGCACAAAGAGACUGGACACAAGUUCUCCAAGACGUACAAUCGCGUACCCGUCACGCCGGCAAAUUGGGAUGACAACAGGAUCACGCACAACGAUAUCCACGUGAACCACACAACGGAGCACAAUGGCAAGUGGCGAGUACAAGAUCACUCCGAUGAGCAAAUCGCAGGGGUUGGAAUGCCCCGGGAGCAUUUCCACGAUCACAUGAUCCCCAACUACGGACCUGUGCGGACAGUCAAGGAAAUGCAGCCAGAUGGUCGGGUGCACACCUCGACCACUACCAAACCUCAUACUCUUUGGAAGCCCAUCGACGGUGGGUGGUACGUGGGGGACAAGAAGAUGACAGAGGCGGAAGCAUUGGCGGAUGAACAGGCUUACUUGGCGGAAAAGAAGGCUGGAAAAGCUCAGAAAAAGAAGUCAGUUGGAAAAGACUGAGAGCAAAUGGAAGGGCAAGUACUGAUGAAGUGAAAGAAGAUUGGGCAAGAUAUUCAGGCACAAUCAAUCGAAUGUUGCUCGAUAGCCACACUCGUCCUACUGAUAAUUGCUAUUCGCACAACAACACAUCCUGGGAGCCUACAAGACUCCUACAAUAUCAGGCUCAGUAUUGGUGCGGACAGGGUCUAUGCUGAGAUUAAAUCAGGUGCACAAAGAUUGGAAAGAGCCCGAGGCAUAUCCAGCUCUCAGAAUUUCGUAAUCGUGAGCAAGAUGAUGCCUGCUCUUCCCUUGUUGGCAGCUCCACUCCAACUCCCUUGAAUCACUGCAAUACAG